GGGAGAUUCUCUAACUUUCUUGGUGAUUUCCAAGACGUCGUGUCUAGGAAUGCAUGCUCUGUUUCAAGGUCAGCGCAAAAUUCGAAAGCAAAUAGAUUAGAUCUGCAUGUUCAUGAAUGAAUAUAUCGCCUAAAGUUAAGUUAAGCAUGUAAAAAUCUCUUACCUGGAACAUAGACAUCAUCUAAUUCAACCGCGGUCAAUUCGCUGUUGUGCCUUUUUGCCUGCUGCGCAAAGAAAUCUGCCAGGAGAGGCCCGUCCAUUUUGCCAAUAGACUCGUCUAUGCCAUCUUUCUUGUCUGCAUCUUUUGGAUCUUCGACGAUCUGCUUCGUUUUCUUCCGUUUCUUCUUUUUGCUACCUCCAUCAUUCGCUGCGGUUGCUGGUGCUGUGGGAGCUGCCUGCUUAGUGGGAAGGACGUCUUCCUCAUCUUCUCUACGUCUUUUCUUCGUCGCUUUAGCUGGAAGUUUCGGUUGCGCUGGCGACCCCAUUUUAACGGACCCAGAUCGCCUUACCUCAACCUUCGCCGCAAGAACAAAACAAUGAAAUCAACGCGUCGCAAUUAAGCAAAUAUAAGGUUUUCCUACCAGCGAAUAAACUAGUUGUCUUUCUCAAGCUUAGGCAUGCCGUUUUGCGCGCGCAAGGAAAAUUAACAUUCAGCAUUGAUUAUGUCGUCACCCUCCAAACAAAACUACCGGAGGACCACCCCUCGUAGCGCAGGGAAGAGAAAUUCAGACCAGGAGAGCCCCCUCAAUGCCCUUCACCAACUCGCGGGAACAAUAAACCCUACAACUCCGGCGGCAAUUGCCGCUCGGCCUCCGCUCUCCGCAAACCGAGCCUCCGCAAGACGAACACCAGGUAGCAUAUAUACAGGCGCCAAUGCUCCCCCCGCGACUCCUCAUGCGCUGCGCGCGCUUCAAAGACGUGCAGCUACAUAUACUCCUGGGCGGGAUCGGAGGAAAAGUGGACGGGUGCAGCGAGAAACGCCCAUGGAUAUCCUAAGGAACCUGGGUAAAAUACUGGCCCCCACCACGCGAGCAGUUUCAUCAUCACCACAAGAAGAGCCGGAGAAGCCACCCACACCCAAACCGAUCGAUGAUCUUGAUGAAGAACCAGAUCUUCCAAGGCCUAGGCUCUCACUACCGCUUGCGGAAAUGAUAGUAGAGGACGAUAAGAGUCCAGAUAUCCAGCCUCCUAGACUCUCGUUGGCUAUUGAGGAAGAUAUCGAUCUCACCUGGAGAUCAAUAGAAAUGCCAAGGCGAGAGCGGAGUAUACAGGAUCGAACUACUCUGUCCAGAGUAAGCAUGGGGAGCAAUCGAUUCAGUGACCGCUUCGGUGACCUCGGCAGAAUGGAGGAUCUAGAGGAAGAGGAACUGGAGUAUACGACAGUUCAUGGAGAUGAUGGAGACGAUCAUGGACAAGAUACCGGGCCUAUCUUUGAUGCAGGAGGAGAGACCGAAGAUUUGCGACGUUUUAACCUUGACUUUUCCUUCCCGACACCAGAUGCAACGACCGCUGGGAUUUCCGGAAAUCAGCUUGAGCAAGAAUAUGAGGAUUUUGCCCUUGAUAUCAAUCCUGACGUGGAAACCGACUUUCCGUCGUCCGAUAGCGUUGCUGGUGGAGGAGGCGUUGAGUUUGCAAUCCAAGACGACCUUUCCAGGCCCGCACCUCCUUCAAGCAGUCCAGAACCAGUACCUCAAGAAAAGGUGAAGGGUAGCAAGCAACAAAAGCUAUCACGACACGGUAUCCCUGUACCACGGCUACCAUCCGGUAUCGUAAAAAAGUUGGCCACUCGGUUUGCCCGGAGUGGUGGAGGAAAGUCGAGAAUUAGCAAGGAGACCUUGGCUGCUAUUGAGCAGGCGACGGAAUGGUAUUUUGAGCAAGCGAGUGAUGACCUCUCAACAUAUGCGAAACAUGCAGGCAGAAAGACUAUCGAUGAGACGGAUGUCAUGACACUCAUGAGAAGGCAACGGCAUAUUGGCAAAAACACCACAGUAUUUGCGCUUGCCCAAAGGCAUCUGCCCAAAGAGCUUGUGCAGGAUAUCCGUCUUCCAAAGCGCUGAAAAAUUUCAACUCCACCGAAAAGCGCCUUUAAAACCCAGAAGACCAAUCCGCCCGUAGCAAGAGUGGAGAGAUUGAUGCGUCUCGAGGCUACCAGCCUUUAUUAUGUCGCACCCGCCGAGUUAUCUCGUUUGGCUUCUUUCUAACGACCAUCCAGAACAUUAUCGCGGUAGCCAACGACAAACCGUACCUGGGUAGGCAAUUAAUAAUUAGACACAAGAUCAGGGCAAGCGGGGUUGGGUGGACGACAGAAACCACCUACCAUGUUGCGAUAUACUGGGAGUGAUUGUUCCUGAGAUUUACUUCAGGUGGGCGCCCGAUAGGAAUACCAUUCGCUUCUCUAUGGUAUAUUGUGAGGAGCUCAGGGUCUACCGAUUCCGGGGUCAGUUUUUUGGGCGAUGGGAUUCACCAGUGGGUAAGAAUUAAUAGGAGGGGGAGCAAUUCUUACUCAUUGUCUCUUCAAUCCAAAUUGGUUGGCUGCCAACAAGCUCCGCCAUUUGCACUACAUCUGGAAAAUAAAACUUUCCCUCUUCCGGCUUAUUGUCCGGCGUAAACAUAUUUUUCUUCCAAGGGGCGCGCAGUAAUCCUUCCACUGUAACUUCUCCCUCAGGUAAACCUGCCUUCCUAUCUUUCUGGUCCUUGCGAUCCUUUGGGACCCAGCCUCGGUUGACGAGUACUGUGCUCCCGGCAUCGCCUCUCUCCAGUGGUGUAAUGACGAGAUAUCCAUCUUUGCCCUCAUACAUACGAGGCCCGAUGAGCAUUUCUUGGUCGUGCCUUAGGCGACCCGUAACAUAUACCCGGCGAUAAUCGAAGUCGGCGAUGGCAUCUGGAUUAACGACAGGAGGAAGAGGUAGGGGUGCCUUCACGAGACGGUCUUCAAAUUUGGCAAUGAGCUUGGUCUUCCAAUCCAAGCGUUGAACUUGCCAUGUUCCGAGGGCAAACGCGGUAAUGGGUAUGAUGGCUAGUAAACAAUUGUCAAUGCAAUGUUCUUCUUCUUUUCUAUAAAAGGAGAAAAAAAAAGUUCCUGCCGGUUUUGCAGGGGAUAGAUCCGUCAAGCGUACCUAGAAGGAUCAAUCCUGGGCCAUGUCUCUUCCCCGUUUUCACGAGCUUUGCGGGGUUGUCCACAACAGAUAUCCAGGUCGGAUCGUCAGCUGGCUGAUGGGCAAAGCGGACCUGUUGUUUCCUCCAACAACGCGCACAUAUUAUUGAAUCCGCAUUCAGCCUCCGCGGUGUGGUUCGUAAUGGGCUACGGGAGAAUGCAGACGCAAAUUUCUGCAGCGGGGAAAGUGAGGACUUCAUAGGAAUGCCAAAAAUAUAAUGCAAAAUGUUAUAGUAAUAUGAACAAUAAGAAGGUCAAUGAAAUAAAUAAGAAAACAAAUUCG